ACACGCCCAUCCUUCUAAAAGCAAGAGCUUCCGGGAGGUGGGAGCCUCUUUCUCGUGACCACUCCACGCCUGCGACUCUCUCUCUCUCUCUCUCUAUAUAUAUAUAUAUAUAUAUACUCACACAGGCAGAGAUUGAGAGAGCGCGUACUAGAGAGAGAGAGAGAGAGUUAGAUAGAGUGGAAAUGAUGUGGGAGCCGGGAGGAUCAGCGGGAUCAUUGUCAGAAGCUGCCGGCGGAGCGGGAGGGGGAGAGAUGGGAGCCGGCUCGGGGAGCGGGAGGAGGAAGCCGUCGUGGAGGGAGAGGGAGAACAACAGGAGGAGAGAGAGGAGGAGGCGAGCCAUAGCGGCGAAGAUAUACACAGGGUUGAGAGCUCAGGGGAACUACAAUCUCCCCAAGCACUGUGACAACAACGAGGUUCUCAAGGCCCUGUGUGCUGAGGCUGGCUGGAUCGUCGAGCCCGAUGGCACCACCUAUCGCAAGGGAGGCAGGCCAACCCCAAUGGAGAUUGGAGGCACUUCAACCAACAUCACCCCAGGCUCUUCCAGGAAUCCCAGCCCGCCGUCUUCAUACUUUGCUAGUCCUAUUCCGUCUUACCAACCCAGCCCGAUGUCGUCCUCUUGUCCGAGUCCAACACAUGGUGAUGCCACCAAUGUGUCACCGCAUCCUUUUGCUUUUCUCCGUAAUGCAAUCCCUUGCUCCCUCCCUCCCCUGCGAAUAUCAAACAGUGCUCCUGUAACGCCACCUCUGUCUUCACCGACCAGAGUUCCUAAGCCAACUUUCAAUCUGGAGAGUUUGACCAAAGAGUCCAUGUCUGCCCUGAACAUUCCUCUCUUCGCUUCUUGCCCCACCAGUCCAACUCGCGGCCCUCGCUUCCCUGCUACUAUUCCAGAAUGCGACGAGUCAGAAACAUCCACUGUUGAUUCAGACCAGUGGAUGAGCUUACAGAAGUGUGGCCCUAAUGCAGUUCCUACUUCCCCUACUUUCAAUCUCGUGAAACCAGUUGCUCAGCGGAUUCCUCCUAACAGCAUGAUGUUCAAUAAGGGUAAAAGCAUCGAUUUUGGGUUUGAGAAUGUGGCAAUGAAGGCAUGGGAAGGGGAAAGAGCCCACGAGGUUGGGUUGGACGAUCUGGAGCUCAAACUUGGAAGCGGCAGUACUCGUAUAUGAGAAGCUCAUCAAAGAGAUCUGCUCUGCAUCUUGCAGAAACAAUUCAGAUGGCGCUUUUUGGUGUUUCUUUUUUAAUUUAAAUACAGCAAAUUUUAAUAGGGUACUUUCAGUUUUCACUUGUGAAAAUGUAGAUUGUGAAUUCAACUGCUUUCUAGGGUUUGAAAUCUCUCCUUGUGUUAAUGAAUGAUACUCUUCAAUUGGUUAAUUCUUUUUUAUGAUAUCA